AUGGACGCCAGUGAGUGUGACCUGGAGGACCGACCACACCCCCAACAGGACUGCGCCAUGUCCCAGUGUCCCUCCCCCCGCCCUGACCCUCGACUCCCCCCGUCCUCCCCCAACAGCAACACAAGGAACAGUCUUCCCCACAACCAGGCUCACCAGUGGAGGACCGGACCCUGGGGCGCGUGCUCCAGUACGUGUGCGGGUGGCUUCCAGCGCCGCGUGGUGGUGUGUCAGGACGAGAACGGUUAUCCGGCCAACAGCUGCGAGGAGCACAGCCGGCCCGGCGAGCAGCGCUCCUGCGAGGCCGGCCCGUGUCCUCAGUGGAUCUACGGCGACUGGGGCGAGUGCACCAAGACCUGUGGCGGCGGCGUCAAGACAAGACUUGUGGUUUGUCAGCGUCCAAACGGCGAGCGUUUCAAUGACCUGAGCUGUGAGAUCCAUGACAAGCCCCCGGACCGGGAGCAGUGCAGUACUCAGCCCUGCCCCUCCGGCCCCCACUGGAGCACAGGCCCCUGGAGCUCGUGUGGGAACGACCGCUCCUGCACCUCCUGCUCCUGCACCUCCUGCUCCUGCACCUCCUGCUCCUGCACCUCCUGCUCCUGCACCUCCUGCUCCUGCACCUCCUCCGGCUCCUCCUGCACCUGCACCUCCUGCUCCUCCUGCACCUGCACCUCCUGCUCCUGCACCUCCUGCUCCUGCUCCCUGCACCUCCUGCUCCUGCACCUCUGCUCCUGCACCUCCUGCUCCUGCACCUCCUGCUCCUGCACCUCCUGCUCCCUGCACCUCCUGAUCCAUGCACCUCCCUGCACCUCUCACUCCCAGCACCUCCCGCUCCUUUCUGCACCUCCCGCUCCUCCCUGCUCUUCCUGCUCCCUGCACCUCCCCCUCCUCCCUACACCUCCCGCUCCUCCCUACACCUCCCCCUCCUCCCUGCACCUCCCCCUCCUCCCUACACCUCCCCCUCCUCCCUGCACCUCCCCCUCCUCCCUGCACCUCCCGCUCCUCCCUACACCUCCCGCUCCUCCCUACUCUUCCUGCUCCUCCCUACACCUCCCCCUCCUCCCUGCACCUCCCCCUCCUCCCUGCACCUCCCCCUCCUCCCCUACACCUCCCCCUCCUCCCUGCACCUCCCGCUCCUCCCUGCACCUCCCGCUCCUCCCUGCACCUCCCGCUCCUCCCUGCUCUUCCUGCUCCUGCUCUGGAGAGAUGUGCUCUGCGUCUUGUGGACGGGGCUCCAAGUUCCGGAAGGUGAAUUGUGUGACUGGAUCUGGGCGUAGUGUUGCGGAUCAGAACUGCCUGCAUCUCUCUGCAAAGCCCGGCAGGGAGAGGCGCUGCAGAGGAGCACAGUGCCCCAGGUGGUCCGCGGGGGACUGGGAGGAGUGCUCAGUGAAAUGUGGAGAUGGGAUCCAGCGUCGGGAGGUCUUCUGUCAAACUGGAGACCUGCGCAGCCCGGUGGAGACCGACUGUUCCCCUCACACCAGACCUGCCUCCAGCCAGAGCUGCCGUGGGGAAGACUGCCCAUCAGUCUAUCGCUGGAGAGAGGGCCAGUGGCAGGCAUGCAGUCAAUCCUGCGGCUCCGGCCUCCGUCAGCGGGCUCUACAGUGUGUGGACGAUCAGGGGAAGGAGGUGCAUGAGGUGUACUGUGUAAACCAAAUCAAACCGCCACAUGUGGAGAGCUGCAACCCUCACGCCUGCGAGUACAUGUGGGUCACUGGGGACUGGUCUCAGUGCUCCGUGAGCUGUGGGCGGGGCUAUCGCCAUCGCCUUGUGUCCUGCAGUGAGGCCCAUACGGAAAAGGGCAACUAUGAAUACAGCCCCCAGUCCCUGUCCAGCUGCCCAGACACCCCCCCGGAGAGCUACACGCCCUGUGACACUGCCCCCUGUGGACACAUGCAGGAAUGGAGGGUCGGGAGCUGGGGACAAUGUUCUGUGAGCUGUGGAGUCGGUGUCAUGAGGAGAACCGUGAAGUGUGUGGAAGCAGACGGAAAACAAAGCCAUCGAUGCUCCGCAGACGUCAUGCCGGACUCGAAGAAGUCCUGCACAAACCAUCAGACAUGCAUUUGGCCUCAGCGCUGCCUGGACGUCCGCCGCCGCAGUGGACCCCUCCCUGACAGUGAGCACGUUCUCCACAUCCAAGGAAAAGCACUCAAGGUCUACUGUGCAGGAAUGCAGACGGAGAUGCCUCAGGAGUAUAUCUCCCUGACAACUGGGGAACGGGAGAAUUUCUCUGAGAUCUUUGGCUUUAGACUCAAAGAUCCAACGCUUUGUCCAGCGAACAGUUCAAACAGAGAAGAUUGUGAUUGUCGCAAAGAUUACACGGCUGCUGGACUGACCACCUUCUCCAAAGUCCGCCUUGAUAUAAGCACCAUGACUAUCAUCACUACAGAUUGGCUUUUCGCCUUCACUCGAGGAGGACAGAAAAUUCCGUUUGCAACAGCUGGUGACUGCUUCAGUUCCAGCCGCUGCCCACAGGGGCAGUUUCGGCUUAACCUCUCAGGAACUGGGUUUAAAGUGGCGGAUAACAACUCCUGGAUAUCUCAUGGCAACUAUGCAGUGGCUGAUAUACAGAAGUCACCGGAUGGCAGCAGAGUGUCAGGAGUGUGUGGAGGCUACUGUGGUAAAUGUACUCCUUCUGCAGUCUCCCGUUUGCCCGUGGCAGUGCAGUAG